GGAAUGACUGAACCCCAGCGUCUGCCAUGGGCCCUUGUGUCCAUUAAGUACUGCAAGUGUUGCCUCUUUCCCACUUCUACAGAGGGGGUACGGAGGCCCUGCCAGUGUCUGCACCCUGACGCCCCCUGACUCAAAGUCCAGACUGCUGCCUCAACUUAGUGCCACUCAGAAGAGGGCCACCCACUUGCCCCACCCAGCACUAUCCCGGAGGGCGUCACGCACCUACUGCGCUGCCCCGGUGGUGGGGCGGAGCGGUGGCGCAGACCGGUCCGGGUUUCGCAGGCUGCCGCGCAUGCUCCGUCCUGCACUCAGCCUCCCGGCCCCUGGAGGCGCGCUCUUUUACGCUGCCCCGCCCCGGAGCUGUUAGGAUUUGAAUCUCCGGCGGGCUGAGUCGGGAAAUGUCUACCGGUCAGCUAGGCAUGGAGAACCCUGUCCUCAGGGCUCGGUGCCCGGUGCAAGAGCAGCGUGCCCGUUGGGAGCGGAAACGCGCCUGCACCGCCCGGGAGCUGCUGGAGACCGAGCGGCGCUACCAGGAACAGCUGGGGCUGGUGGCCACGUACUUCGUGGGGAUUCUGAGAGCCAAGGGCACCCUGCGACCACCAGAGCGCCAGGCCUUGUUUGGGCCGUGGGAGCUCAUUUACAGCGCCAGCCAAGAGCUGCUUCCUUACCUGGAAGGCGGGCACUGGGGACAGGGGCUGGAGGGCUUCUGUCCACACCUGGACCUGUACACCCAGUUUGCUGCCAAUGCAGAGAAGUCCCGGACCACCCUGCAGGAACAACUAAAGAAAAGCAAACGUUUCCGGAGGUUUGUGAGGCUUCAGGAAGGCCGCCCUGAGUUUGGGGGCCUUCGGCUCCAGGACCUGCUCCCCCUGCCUCUGCAGAGGCUCCAGCAGUAUGAAAAUCUUGUUGUUGCUUUGGCUGAGAACACAAGUCCCAACAGCCCUGACCACCAACAGCUCACACGGGCUGCUCGGCUGAUAUCUGAGACCUCCCAGAGAGUCCACACCAUUGGUCAGAAACAGAAGAAUGACCAGCACCUCCGGCGUGUUCAGGCUCUUCUCAGUGGACGCCAGGCAAAGGGGCUUAUCUCAGGUCGCUGGUUCCUGCGCCAGGGCUGGCUGUUAGUGGUGCCACCCAGUGGGAAACCUCGGCCCCGAAUGUUCUUCCUCUUCUCCGACGUGCUUCUCAUGGCCAAGCCUCGUCCCGCAUUGCACCUGCUGCAGCCCGGCACCUUCGUUUGCCGGGCCCUCUACCCCAUGGCCCAGUGUCAGCUCCACAAGGUCUUCGGCCACUCGGGAGGCCCUUGUGGCGGACUGCUCAGUCUGUCCUUUCCCCACGAGACGCUACUGCUUAUGUCCACCGACCAGGAGGAGCUGGUGCACUGGUACCGCAGCCUGACUCUGGCCAUCAGCAGCCAGAAGAACUAGAAGAAUCUUACAAAUUCCAGAACCCAGGAUACUUCAGGGAUAAGUCAGGGUCAGGAGUACAAAACUAAACACAGAACCCUUCAUGGUUUGAGAACGGUCAUUUUGUGUUUGCCUGGAACCGAGUUAUUUGACCAGAUCUUAAGAAUCAAGAAACCAAGUCUGACCGAACUGAACCUGUGCCAAACCAGCCCCUCCAGCACAGACGAGGGGAUUGGGGGCUGAUAAGCUUGGUGCCCUGUCUAUGGCUAGUCGUUUGUCAAGGUUGCGGCUUUGCAAAUGUGGCUAUUUUUAUAGUUUUAUUUUCCUACUGGAUUGAAGUAAAGCUUUUUUGUUGCUGUUUUUCUGGAAA